AUGAAUUUAGAAUUAGUAACUUCUUUAUUACCUAAUCAACAACAAACUGGUUUUUCUGUUUGUCCACGGUGUGGCAAAGAUAAAAGUAAUUUUUUGUUGUUAAAAAAAAGAACAAAAUGUGCUUGUUGUCAUCGUUUUCUUUGUAGUGAAUGUCUUUAUUCUGUAGAAAGUACUACUAAGAAAGAAAUUCGAUUAUGUUUUGCGUGUUAUUAUCCAUACCAAACAAAUAAAGGAAAAAUAUCACAAUUAAAACCACAUAUUCCUUGUUUACCAAAGAUAGUUCAACCAUUUUUAAGUGAUGAACCAAUGACAAGACAAGUUGCCUUUAAAGAGUUUUCAAAAUUAUGGAACAACAAUGGUGUUGAUUAUGAAUUUAUUGUUAAGAGUGGGUUAAUACCAUAUAUGAUUAAACCAUUACAAGAUUUAAAUUCAUCAUUACUUCUAUCAGAAAUUAUAAAGGAGGGAUUAAAAAGAAAUAUUGAACUAAAAACGUUUUUUGAUAAAGAUGGAUUUAGUUAUUUAUUUAAAGCAAUUAAUUAUCUUGAUUCAAUAGAAUUUUUAAGUAAUGCAACAUUUAUUAUAAGUGAAAUUAUGAUGAGUUGUUUAAAAAAUUAUUUAUUUAAACCACAUGAAACAAUUAAAGAAAUGAAAGACGCUUUAAAGAUGGUUAAAAAUGAAUAUGAAGAAAAUUAUUGUGUAUUUUGGUGUGAACGUGAAAAUACACUUGGAAAAUAUGUUAGUAUGUUACAACAUGAUUUUAUUAAUGAGACAAAUCUACUUGGAAUUUGUAAAUUAUAUCAAAAAGGUAAUGAAGAUGAAAAAGAAGUUCUUUUACUUUCAUUUUCAAUAUUUAAACAAACAUUUAAAACAAGAUCAUUUGAUGUUACUAAAGAUUGUCUUCAAGAAGUGAUGAAAUGUUUUGAUUGUAUUAGUUGUAUGAUUGUAUUACCAUUAUUAUUAGAAAUGAUAACAACUCAAUCAUUAAUGGAGAUUGCUAUUAAUUUAAGUCUUAUUGAAAAGAUUACUAAUGUACUCAAAUUUGUUCAAACAGAAGAAUUUGCAGAUAUUGUUGAUGUAGUAUUAGCACGAAUAAGUGACAACGAUAAAUUUUAUAAUCACUUAUUGAGUAAUUUAGAUUUAUUUUCUGAACUUCUUAAAUGUGAAAAAGGUAAUGAAACUGUUUCAGUUAAAUUAAUUGAAUCAAUACUGACUUAUAAAGGGGUAGAUGGUAAAACAACAACUGAAUUAAUAUUAACAGAGCAUAUUGAUUUAGUAGAGCUAAUGCUUAAUUCUGGGAGUAGGGAAAAAAGAGAUCAAGGUGUUAUUGUUUUAGAUUAUUUAAUUCAAAUACAUGGAACUGAAGCAUUUGAAAUUUUAGAAGCACGUGGUAUUUUGAAUACAAUAUUAGAAUUAUGUAGAUUAAAUAAUUGUCAAGAGUUAUUAUUAUAUAUAGCAUUGACUCAUAUUUAUUUUCAUUCAGAAAUUAAAGAAUUAUUUGUUCAAUUUUUAAUAGACAAUGACUUUAUUUGUUUUUUAUGUAUUGCUAUUGAAAAUAAACAAAAUAUUCAUCAGUCUCUUCCUUUUUUCGUUCAAUUAGCAAGUAAUAAAAGAAUUCAACAAGAUAUUUUUGAAAGGCAUUGUGGUAAUUUCAACAGAUUAAUGGUAUUAUUUAAUGAAGAUAAUUUAUCUGAUUUCCUUACAUUCCAAUUAUUAACAGCACUAACAAAUAAUUCACGUUACGCUAUUAUUCUUAUUAGAAAUAUUCUAAAUCAAGAAGGAUUGUUAUCUCAAAUAAUGCAAUUUCAUCAUGCAAAAGUACCAUUAGAAUAUGUAUUUCCAUUUAUUAAAAAUCUCUUCCAAACUCAUUGCAAAGAUCAAGUAUUUCUCAGUUGUGCAUUGUCAUCUUUUAUUUCAUUUAUUAAAUAUUUCCCAACUAUUAAUGAAUCAGCUCUAGUACCAUUUAUUGAAUUAUGUGGAGCAAUAUGUAAUCACUCUAGAUAUCUUAGAGAUCGUUUUGUUUCAACUGCUUAUGGAAGUGAAACUUUGUUUCAGACAAUAAUGAAAAUGUUAGCUUCGAAUAAUUUUAAUAUCAAAGUAGCAGUAAUGAAACUUGCUAUUUCAUUUAUUGAAAAUGGUCAUGAUUAUUCUGUAUUAAUUAAAUCAAAUCCAAGUUUAUUUAUUGAAUUAUUUAAAGGAAUUGAAAAUCUUCCUGACCAACAAUUUACAGCCAUUUCAUUUGAUUUUGUUAGGACUUGUCUUCUUCAUAAACGAGAAAUAGAAUCCUUUAAGAGAUCUCGUAUUUUUGUAAUACUACUAAUGGUUUUUAAUCCUAAUUCUUUACCAACUAUAUCCAAUGAAUUACUUAAAAGUUCACUUGAACUUCUUAUAACAAUUUUUGAAAUUGGUAUUAGUUCUAUUGAUUACAGUGGAAUUGUUCCUCGAUUAUUUUAUUAUCUUGGAAAUGUUCGAUUUAAUGGGAUAACAAAUACAACAAUAUUAUAUUUAAUUAGAACAUUAAUUUUUUUAAAUAGUCCAUUAAUAAAAGCAGUAGAUAAGACUAAUGUUAUUUCAGUUUUAUGUAAUUUAAUUGAUGACAAAGAUUGUAGUGAUUAUGCCACUGAAUUAAUGAAGGUUUUGAUGAAAGAAAAAGAAUUAUUUAUUGAGUCGUUAAAUGUUGAAAUCUUUCAACAAUUAUUACAAAAGUCUUUUAUCAAUGAAUUAGUCUAUUCAUUGGUUAUAGAUCAGAUAAACACUAAUGAAACAAUUAAACCUACAUUAUUAAAACUGUUAUCAAAUACUAUCAUUGAAGACAUACUUUUCUUAACAGAAACAAAGAAUAUACCAAAAGUAUUACAACUUGUAAAUUGGAUUCCAUUGUUAUCUACAAUAAACUUAACACAAUUCAUUAAGAGUUGUAUUCAUUAUUUGCCAAAUCUUAAUACAAAAGACAUUAAUAACUUUAUUAGUUUCCUUCAAAAAUUAAAGCCACAAGAAUUAGAAUCACUCACAUUAAAUGUUUCAUUCAAUACAUUUUUAUUACAAAUAUUACAAUACUCAGAUGAUUGUAUAUUACAAUACUUUGAAUUAAUUAAACAAUCAGCUCAAUGUAUUGACUUUAUUUAUUCAUUAAUUCCUUCUUUUGAAGGUAUUAUUCAAUUUAUUCUUCAAAAAUGUUCAUAUUUUGAAGUAAUUAUUCCAUUUCUCUUAUUUGCUGAUUGUAGAUUAAUUGUUACAUCAAAUACUUUUCUUCUUAAUAUUCUUUUUGAACAUAUUAAAGAUAAUACAAGUUGUUGUGUUAUUUUAAAUCAUUUGUUAAUUGAUCAAACGUUCAUUCCGAUGAUGAUAUUAUCUGUUGAUAUUCGUUCAUUAAUUAAUUCAAAAGACAAAACAGUACAAGAGGAAAUAUUGAAUAUAUUGUUUGAAGGAAGUAAACAUGAUGGUAUGUAUUUGACAAUUGAUUUUAUUGAAGAUAUGAGAAUUUUCAUUAAUUCAGAUAUAUCACUAUAUCGUAUUUAUCUUCACAUUCUUCAGCAUCAUCUUCAGCAUCAAAAUAUUACAUUAAUUUUAACAAAAGAAGUUAUUAUAAAUAUUCUAGAAAGGGGAUUAAAAGAAAGGGAUGAUGAAAUAAUGAAUUCUAUUGUUAGUCUUUGUCAAAACCAACAAAUAUCUGAUUAUUUAGGAAUAAACGAAGCAAGAGAAAUUAUCUCCUUAAUAUCGAAAAAAAGAACAGAAAAUUUGUCUGAGAAUUAUUUAUCUUCACUUUUAACACUCUUUUCAAUUAUAUCAAACAAAUUGUCAAAUCAAGAGAUUAUUGAUUUAAUUCAUAAAUAUAAUAAAAAUACAGUUAUUUUAUUAAAAUCAAAAUCAGCAUUUAUUUUACAACCACUACUAUCAAUUAUUCUUAUGACUCCAGAAGAGUUUAUUUCACAAACAAAGAAACAGUACAUUGAAAAUAUUGUAGAAGUAUGUAAAGAAAAUCCAACAAAUAACAUACUACGCAUAAAUGUAGUUAAAUACCUUUCUUUACUUAUAAAUUCUGAUGAUAAAGUAGAUGUUAUAAAAGAAGUGAAACAGACAAUUGGGUUUAACCAUUUAAUAACUAUAGAAACGAAAGAACAGAUAGAAAGAAUUGUACAAAAGAUAGACCAAAACUAA